AUGUCUCGUGCUGUUUUAUCAACCCACGUGCUGGACACGUCAACGGGAAGACCAGCGUUUGGAGUUUUCGUUGAAUUGUAUAAGAAAAAGGACAAUUCGUGGGCACUGUGGCACAAUACGGCGACGUCGAGUGAUGGCAGAGUACUUUUUCCGUUCACGAAAGAGUCAAUGGCAGCAGGAACUUACAAGCUAAAAUUUAAUAUCGAAGAUUAUUAUAAGCAGUUGGAGAAAGAAACAUUAUAUCCCUAUGUGGAGAUUGUAUUCAAAACUGAAGAGGAGCAGCACUAUCACAUUCCUUUACUGUUAAGCCCUUACGGUUAUUCCACUUACAGAGGAAGCUAA